AUGGUUAGCCUCAAGAAUCGCCCUUGCCUGUUCCCUGGGUGUGACAUCAGACCCCACUACGGGUUUUCAAUGGGGCGCGCCGUGUAUUGCGUCAGCCACAAGAAGGAUGGGAUGGUGCAUCUACUGAAAGAGGCCAAGAACCUGGAGAAAGGAUCACUCGAAAGAAAACGUCGUGUGUGCGGCGAAGUCGAGAGGAAUUUGGCAAAGGGGGACUCUGGGCACAAUGGCGAGGAGCAGGCCGGAUCGGCGGAAGCCAGCCUGCAGCAGCAGAAGACGAAGAAGGCGCCGAAAAGGGGAGGGACAAAGCGCCCUUCCGGUAGUCAUGGAAAACCCACGAACAAGAAGAGGAGCAAGAACACAGCAGCGUCUCCAUCGCAUCGGCGUACCGCGGGACAGUCGGCAUUGGCCCCUUCCGACGAUAUGCGGCUCCUGCGAAAUGCCAGACAGUCCGCGCACGAAGAAGCAAGUGGGUCCGGUCGUAGAGCGCGCGUCCCGUCCCGCAAGGUCCUAGAGGCUGCAGGGAAGAUGGCCGACGAGACCGCGCAGUGGAUGACCAAAGAGAAGAAGGAGGAGCAGGCCAGGAUCAACAAAAAGUUCCGGGCGCAGAGGAAGGCGGCGGUGGCAGCGGGGCCGAAAAUCGGGGAAGUCAUCGAAGCCACCGCAUCUCCUUCACCCCGUGUUGAGAGCGAGGAGGAUGGCCUCGGAAGCGGCGCAACUUCGAUUCGUGGUGGAAGAUCGCCGGUGUCGAACGUCUCCUGGCGCAAGCUCACUCCGACGGAAAUCCUUCUGGCAGCCGGUAAGAAACCCUUCGUGGAAGGCGCUGCAUCCGAAGUCCGUGGCAGCGAUGCCGCCAUGGCCGAAAUGAUGGAUGAACACGUUGUGGGUAAGCAGCCGGAACAGACACCAGUCGCUUCAGAAGACGGAGAUCGGUCGGAGAGGAAGCCAGCAGAAACGACGGCCUCCGACGCUGAGAUGAGCGCACAGGCUACCUCUAACGCAUUCACCGAGAGCAGUCUCGAACACCACAAGAAGAACCAGGUCGAACAUAGCAGUGCCCCCAGCGAGAGCGACAAGGGAAGAUACCGGGUGCAGCAGGCCGGGCGACAAGCGAGCGCUGUCAAGGCCAUAUGCGAGCUCAACAGCUGCUCGAGGACGGCCAAGUUUGGUGUCCACGGCAUCGUGCGCUACUGGUGA